AAAUGUCAAACCGUGUUGUGUUCAAUUCGCAAAAGGAAGAACGAACGGUAUCACAAUUUCAGCCCACCAAACGAGCCCAAGCAAAAGAUGAAUUACGUGCAAGAAAAUAACCACGUCCUGUACCUGUGGGCCGGUACGGUCGGGCCCGAGAUCGAGCAGGAAGUGAACGCAAUCAAAACCAUUCCGAACGUGCAGGUCAAUGUGGAAAACGUAGAGCGCCUUCAGCUUGCCGAGUAUGGAAAGUCACAGUUUGAUGUAAUUCUGGCCCAAGUGGCGACUGGAAAUUCUACCCUCGUUACGCUGCUGGUCAAGCUGCUCAAGCCCAAGGGAAAGUGCGUGUUUCGGGAUGAUUCAGCAGCGAGCGUCGAACAGGCACGCUCUAAUCUGCUGCUGGCGGGAUUUAUCAACAUUGUGGCAUCGGAUAGUAAUGUGUAUGUUGCCGAGAAGCCAGACUACGAGGUGGGAUCGAAAUCGAAGCUAUCGUUUGCGAAAAAAUCUAACGUUGCCGCCGUGUGGAAGCUGGACGACAAUGAGGAGGAGGAGCGUAUCGACGACGAGGAGCUACUGGAUGAGGAUGAUAAGGCCAAACCGACGGAGGAAUCGCUGAGAGUUUGUGGAACGACGGGCAAAAGGAAGGCAUGCAAGGAUUGUUCCUGCGGGCUGGCAGAAGAGCUGGAUGCGGAAGCAAAGGGCAAAGCACUGACCGACACAUCGGCGGCGAAAUCCUCUUGCGGAAGUUGCUACUUGGGAGAUGCGUUCCGUUGCGCCACCUGUCCAUAUCUGGGCAUGCCGGCAUUCAAACCGGGCGAGAAAAUCGUGCUCACCGAUACGCAAAUGCAGGCGGACAUUUAAACCACAAAUCCUGAUAGAACGUUACGUUUAAAAAUAGAAGUCUUUAGGAUGUGCAUUUGCGGGUGAUAUGAGAGAAGGGAGCGAGACUAAGAAGGAAGGAUAACAAUA